GGAGCGUCGCCCAGCGACUCCGGGGAAGCCAGCCCUCCGUAAUCCCCUGGGGAUGAGCCGGGAUGACUCCACUCCAUGCAGCCCUUCAGAUGCCUGGCCGUGUUCACUUUAAGGACGCGGGCACAUGAUCGGUUGUUGAUGUUGUGUUGCUGUCAGAGCACUCCCUGGAUACGCAGAGGGAGGAGCAUCCUGUCCCCCGGCAAACCAUCAGAGUUUCCGCUGGUUCUCGCCGAAUCCCGUCUGCACAUGGCCAUUCACGGGAAGAGGCAGCCGGCAGCAGGCCCAGCGCAGUGUCUCCUGGAGCCGGUCAGCGUGUCGGAGGGCAGGCCAGGACCCAAAGCGCAAGAUUCAGUGAUGCGGGCCGGCCCGCGUGUUUCGCAGACGAGUGGAUCCAUGCCUUCCUGCCAGAGCUGAUACGGAGGAGCUGAGAUUGUCUUGUGCUUUCAACUGAAGGGGAAGGUGCUUUCCAGCUUCUAAACGCCCUGCGGUUUCUCCUCCAUCAGUUCCAGGCUCCCUGGGGGAAAAUCCACAGAGCGCCACACGGAUCGCCCGGGAGGCUGGCUGCAGCUGGAAAUCCGAUUCCGGUGAGUCACUGGGAGUGCCAGUUGGAAAGGAGACGGGGCGGACUCCACCAGAGGACUGAAGCAUUCCUGUGGGCCCGGCUCUGCCAGGCGAGAGCAGGCUCAGCGAGUGCCUUGGCCUGGCGGGGAGACUGAAGGCGAUCCUCUCCAGGCGUCCUGCAAAGGGACCUCCUGCACUGUGCCGGGCUGCCGUCCUCCAUGUGCCUGCCCUCCCCAGGGAGAGAUGACGCAGGGAUGAACUCUGCCGACGGAGGGUGGCCACCCUCUCCUUGCAAACUGGGUCCCGGCCAAGGCAGGGGGCCAAGGCCGCCUGCCCCGUCCCUGCGCGCUCUGCCGCUCAUGGCCACCGUCUUCGUCUGGCUGGCCACCGGCACCACCAUGUCCAGCCUGAACAAGUGGAUCUUCGCCACCCACAACUUCCGGUACCCGGUGCUGCUCUCGUCCCUGCACAUGCUGACCGCUGUGCUGGUGGGCAACCCCCUGGCCCAGCUCUGGGUGGCGGGGACCAGGCAGCCUGCCCUCAGCCCUGAAGCCAAGGUGAGGGUCUUCCUGCUGAGCGUGACCUUCUGUGCCAGCGUGGCGUUUGGGAACCUGGGGCUCAACUAUGUCCAGCUGGACUUUGCACAGAUGGUCUACACCACCACGCCGCUGUUCACCCUGACCCUCUCCAAGGUGCUGCUGGGGAAGUGCCACCACCCGCUGCAGUACGUGGCGAUGGGGCCCAUCUGCCUGGGGGCCUCCCUGAGCAUCAUCGGGGAGGUGCACUUUGACCAGGCCGGCUGCUGCUUCCUCUUCGCUGCCACCUUCCUCCGCGGACUGAAGUCCAUACAGCAAAGUGUCCUGCUGCAGGAGGAGCACCUGGACUCGCUGACCCUGCUGCGCCUCACCUCCCUGCCCAGCUUCUGCAUCCUCUUCGUGGCGGCCCUGGCGCUGGAGGUCGGCCCCGCCUGGGACGGCACCCUGGCCUACGGCGGCGGCCUCUGGGCCUGCGUCCUGCUGAGCUGCCUCGGCUCCGUGCUGUACAACCUGGCCAGCUUCUCCGUCAUCUCGCUGACGUCCGCCCUCACCAUCCACGUGCUGGGGAACUUCAACGUCGUGGGCAACCUGCUGCUCUCCCACCUGCUCUUCGGGAGCCGCAUGACCUGGCUCGGCUACGCGGGGAUCGUCCUCACGCUCUCGGGGGUCUUCCUCUACCAUCACUGCCACCGCGUGGCCACCUGCUGGCACUUGCGGGCCGGGCGGGCCAAGGAGGAGUGAGGCCUGGGAUUGGCUGGCACCGUGCGGGGGGCGUCGCCUCUGGCCACGGGAAAACAGCCCCCUUCUGGGAGGAAGGGUGGCCGCAGCCGGCCACGGGGAGACGCCUCUUAAGGCCCCUGUGUCCCAGAUGAUCGCCCCCCGGCUGUCCGAGCCAUGCCAUGCAGCGGGCAAGAGCUGCUGCAGGCAGUCUGGGGCCGCCGGAAGCGUCUGGGAGGCUGCCUGUUCGAAUUCCUCCCCGGUCUUUGAAAAAACGCCUGCCAGCCAGAAGAUGACUCGGUCAGGCAGCCUCUGAGGAGAGAGCCGGGGGGGCCAGGGUGGCGCCUGGCACUGCCUUUCCCGGCCUGGGCUCUCGGGUGUGUGGCUUGCGUCUCCCAUCCUGCCCAGCCCAGCCCAGGGGGCGAGUCCCAGGCGGGAAGGCUGCCCCCGCAGCUCCCUUUGGCACCAGCUGCUCGAGCUCCUCAGUGAAGGGCUGGAUAUUUGGCAAGCAAUUUUGGAUCCUGGAAAUGUAUGAGGAGGCUUUUGAGGCACACGCGACGUCUUGGCUGAGGGUUCUUCUGGUGGCUGAAUCCCAUCUGUUUGCUGUCUGUGGCUUAAGGGCCCCUUGGAUUUGGGAGGCCCCUGGGGCCACAGGUGUCUUCUUCUCUGAAAUAACUUGGGGGGGGGCUGUAUUGUACUUCUGACCUCUGCAAGCCCCUCAGCUGCUGUGAAGGCCUCAUGGGGCUACUGCCCAUGAACAGGAGUGGUGCAGAGUCCCUGUGGCCCCACGGGAGCACCAGCACCCAGUCUGUCUGGUCCCAGGGCACUGCACUUGGCCCCUGGGGCAGCUGCAGCAGGGGGCAUGCUCUGGUGGAGGAAGGGCUCCCCCCUCAGGAAGUGGGGGGGUCAUUUCUAUUCAUGACUGUCAGUGAGUGGGUGAAUAUUGUGCAAUGGGAUGUACGUCUCUUUUCCACGACUGCUCUCUGCUGGAUGGAGUGAAUUAGGGUGCGAGUGUGAGCGUGUGUGCGGGGGCUGCGGUUGUAUGUACACUCGGUCGCCAGCAUCCUUUGGCGAGUGGUGCAGGGUAACCUGUUGGGAAGGCUAUAUUGCCUCACUCUGCUGGGCAGAGCGCAGCAGCCCCGGAAAGUAUUUGCUUUGGCCUGAGUGUGUGUGUGGGCGUGCGGGCACGGGGCACUUCCGUGGGAUGGGUCCUGGCACCAGGCCACUGGCGGGCCCCCGCAGCCCUUCUGUCUUUCCUUCCUUAAUGGAUUUCCUGCAGGAAGAAGAAGGGUGCGAGGUGCCGGGAAUCACGUGGGAGACUGACUUUCAGAGCCCCUUUGAAAGAGGCAGGGAGACUGUGGAGAGAAAGCCCUGUGCAGAAGCUCCCCACACUCGGUAUUAUUUUCCUGCAGUGGAAAUGGUGCGGAAAGCACCUGCCUUUGGCUGCUCCUUCGCACUUUGCUUUUGGCGGGUGGCGGGAAUCGUGUUUCAGCCCUGCGGGGAUCCAUUCCCAAGUACACUUCCCACGGGGUAGUUUACUGCCAUCCUUCAUAAAAGGCAUUCAGAAAGCCCACGGUGGUGGGUCACCAUGGCCAGUAUUGUCCUUUGGAGAGUCUGCGGGGAUUUGGGGGCCUAGGCCAAUCUUCACACGCCCACAGAAUCGCAGCGCAGGAUCCCAUGACCCACGCCGUGGCAGCCUGCGGGGUGAGGCGGUGCGUGUGAAUUCCCCCCCCCCCCCCGCUAAGCAACACUGCUAGUUUUCUACAUGCAGGGAGAAGUCUUCUUCAGGGGAGGGGCCGUUCGGUCUUGCAUCUCUGAAAUGGGACUCCACAGUGCGAUUUAUCUGCGGGGGGGGGGGCUGGGGGGCUCUCCAACACUCCUGCCAAAGGAGGUCCCCGUUUCCCCCUUCACGGUGCUCACUGGUUGGGUUCACACAUGACGCUGCUCUUGCAAGGGUUCAUGACUGCCAUCGCAGGAGCGGUUACUUGACCUUCAGUGUUGGCGCUUCUUGGGAUUUCAGCAGGCCAAGCCGGCACUUGUGUGACAGGUGGAACUCUGCAAUGCAAGCAGUUUUGGACUUGGGCAUAAAAAACUUAAUGGCUGAGGGUGCAGGUUCAGACAGGAAUGAAGUCUUGCAGUGACCACAGCUAGGUCAAGAAUGCUGGGAAUAAUAAUUAUUGCUAUUUACUUGUUAAUAAAAUGUUAAUUGUUGUUAUUCAAUAUUAUCAAAAUGAUAAUAAUUAUUCAAUAAUUGUUAACAUAUUGAUAAUUAUUCAAUAAUUGUUAACAUAUUGAUAAUUAUUCAAUAAUUGUUAAUAUUAAUAAUUAUUAUUACAAUGCAUUAUAGGACUUUUUCUGUCUAAUCCUGAACCAGCCUGGUUUAGCCAGAAUGGUUUGGAAUUAUGGACCACCGGACAAACCCAUGUUGGAGGUAAAUCGAUGGGUGACUUUGCCAGUAUAAAGCCAGCGCUUAUGGGACAGCUUUGGAUGGCCCUAGACGUACGCCUGAGGCAGACAUCCGAAUUGCGCACUUUUGGGGGUAGCGAUGCAGAGCAUGGAGGGACCUCGCUAAAAGACGAGGCACCGCACCGCAGUAUCCAAAUGAGCCGAAGGGUCAGAUGCUUUUGCUCCCUUCACCCACCAGGCCCCCUCGAGUGCGGUGGCCGAGGGAGCUGCCCCGGCACUGCUGGGUAACGGGUUGAGAUUUGCCAGAAACUUCCAACUGGCCCUGGGGAGGGUGCGAAGCACUGGCGGGCGGCACCUGGGUGCUGCUGUGGCUUCUGGACUCCGUGGCGUACCACGGAAGGAGGCAGCGCCUGCCUGGGAAUUCGCCUCCCUUUCCUUGAGCAUCCACACAUGUCCAGGCAGAGUGGGGACCGGGGCCCCAGGUAGCAGCUCCCACACCAAGCACGACGUUUCCCAUCUCAGGUUGCUAGGAUGAGGGGGGUCUGAGGUGAAACCCCCGCACAGCCACAAGGACCACUGGGACUGGCCACGCGGAACCUGCAGGACGCAACGAGCAUGGCUUUGUUAAACCACGGUUUCAGUUCCUGGUUAGUGGUCAGACAUCAAGCCGCAGUUUUCUGCUUCAAAUAUAGAGAACAAUCAUGGUUUACUUUUGCUAGGGCGGAAACACUGAAGCCAGGAGGGGAGGGAGAGAACAUGUGGGCCUGGCUUCAUGAACAACGCUUUGUGAAUCUGGGACUGUUACACCCAAACCAACCCUCUCUUUCAGCCUGCCUACCCCACAGGGUUGUUGUGAGGAUAGAGGUGGCAGAGAAUCAUGUGUGCCAUCCUGUGCCCCUUGAAGGAGAGGUGUGGCAGCAACAACUUUCUGAAAGUGAUCACAGUCGUGGCUCAGAAGGGAAACUGAGCUGGCAGAGUGCUCCGCAUCCCAGCGUGGGAGGGUUGGCGUGUUUCCGGAUGCCCAGGGCUAGCCUUCUUCAGGAUCGCAUGCAUCCUGCAUCCAGCAGGCCUCCUUUCUUCCAGCCAUGCCCAGUCCUUGCAGUCACAGGACCUGUGGCCCCUGCCAUCCAGGACUGUCGGUCGGGUUUGCAGACGGUACGGCCGCGCCAUUUGCAACGAGAUGCCAGCCGCAGUGGCCGAAGCCCGGCACACCCUCUCGUCACAGGAGCACAACGGAGCCGGCUGGCCUCUCGGAUUGCGUCUGCCCUUCGAAUAAAGCUCUAUUUUUGUUGUA